CGUCGAAUCUGUUUUGCGCCAAGCGACUAAACCUCUGGUUUCGAUCGUGACAUGCAUGGCUAACUGCCGCCGGCCCCAGCCGAUUUGAUGUCGCACUGAGCAUAAACUCGCAAAACCAAAACCCAGCGGAUGGCAGUCAUGACCACACAACAAUCGGAAGGUGCACUUCUCAAUGAGAAGCCCCUUCAGGCGACACCCCCGACUGGCAAGGAAGGCCCUAACGGGAGUUUGGAGAUGAACGGGCAUUCUUCCUCGUCUCCGGCCGAUGCCCAAACCGAAUCCAAGAAUGCGCCGGCAUUAAACGGCGAAGCACCUACCACCGACACUCCCCAGAGCAAAAACGAAGACGCGUUUUCUGCAAACCAAGCUCUUCCAACCGCAGCGGAUUCCAAGGAUCCGCCCGCCAAGACUGAAGGGGAAUCUGAGCGCGACAUUUCAAGCGGUAUGGAUAAAGUGAAUAUGAGGGAGGACGAUCCUGCGCAGGCCGACACCGAGAUGCCCGACGCGCCCGCCGACCGAACCUCGGAAGACAAGAUGUCUGAAGACGUUUCGCCAAAAUCGCAUCCGAAGCCGGAAGAACCCUCGGAUCAACCGGACGGUCAGGAUAAAGACCAAAAAGAAUCGACGGUUGCUGCGGGGAAGGAGGAGGCCGCACCAUCAGCACCUUCGACUGAGAAGGAGGAUGUAAAAAUGGCGGAUGCGCAGGAGCAGGUCGAAUCGCCAAGCGCAGCGGGUCCCUCACAAGGCACACAGGGUACUCCUGCUGCUGCUGCUGCUCCUGGCAGCCCUAAAAGUGGCGCGGGCGAUCCGGCGGCUAACACUCCAAACGGGCCCUGCGCUGCGGCUGUCAGCGAAGCCCCCGCUUCGGCAACCGCCGACACGAGCAUGUCGGAGGCGCAACCUUCUGCAAAGCUUUCGAGAGAGCGGGACAUUGAUAGUGAGGAUGAACCGGUCGCGAAGCGGACAAAGGUGGAUCAUGCUGCGGACCAGGUGCAGGUCAAGACAGGCGAGGCCCAAGACCGCACGGAGCAAGGCGACCAGCAAGCUGCAGCCCCUCCGGCAUCGCUCAGCCCCACAAGCGGGGAACCAAAAAGACUCGACGAUCCCUCCCUUGAUGACAGCCCGAUCACCGAGUGGCAAAACAAACAAAUCCGUGCUGUUCUUGCUGGGGUCAAGAAGACCAAGGUUGGACAGAUGUUCAAGCUGCCGGUUCAGCAGCUGUGGCCAAUGUUAUGGACGGAGUACUCGGCCAAAAUUUCUAACCCAACAGACAUUAGCACAAUGGAAAAACGACUGCGCGGCGACUUGACUCCGUAUGCAACCAUGGGCGAGUUCAAGGCGGACCUCAACUUGAUGGUGCAAAAUGCUGUCACGUUCAAUGGCGAGUCCCACGACGUGACAAUCCAGGCAAAAGCGUGUCGGGACGCGAUUCUCAGUCGGAUGGCAGCGUACCCUGCGGUUGAACCUCCGAAACCCCAGAAGAAAGACACGUCCAAGGCGCAUUCCACUCGCCAUGUCGAGCCCCGCGCACCCGGGUCUUCGGUUUCCACAGCUGGCCCCGGCCGUCCCUCCAAAGGCUCCGCCACCAGCCCGUCGCAGAAACCGGUUCCCGAAUCGCCCGCGUUUGCACUCCCACCUGGCAGCAAUGGCGUUCCCCUCAUCCGGCGGGAUUCCACAAAGCCAGACAGUCGGACGAAGCGGCCUGUGAAGCCCGCGCAUUCCAAAGACCUAGUUUAUGACACCAAGCGCAAGAAGAAGCUGCCACUUGACCUCCGCUUUUGUGAUGAGGUUCUUACUGAGCUCCGCAAGACGAAGCAUUAUGAUAUCAACGCUGCUUUCAUGCAGCCUGUUGACCCCGUGGCGCUCAACAUUCCGGACUAUCACAAAGUGAUCAAGCGACCGAUGGAUCUCCAGACAAUGUCUAACAAGCUAAGUGCGGGCGAGUACCAGUCCAUAAAAGAGUUCGAGAAAGACUUCGACCUCAUCAUCAAGAACUGCAAGACGUUCAACGGCGAAGACCAUAUAGUCUAUGCUCAGGCGCUUCGGUUGCAGGACUUGUACCGCGCUGAGAUGUCCAAGAAGGACGAGUGGAUGGCCAAGCAUGCGCCGGUCACCGCUGCGUCGACGUCCCACUCAGCGGGUAGGGAUGAGUCAGAGUCUGAGGAGGCCGAAUCUGAACCCGACGCCGAAGUUGACGAAGAGCGCCGGCAGAUUGAGAACCGUUUGGCUACUAUCCAAAAGCGUCUCCAGGCCGAGCAGAACAAGGUUAACGAAAUGGUCAACUCGGGAACAGCAGACAUUGCGGAUGUUGAGAUUGCGCAGUCGGUUGUCGCCAUGCUGCAAAAGCAGUUGAUGGGCGAGCGCGCCAAACUUGCCAACCUCCCGGCCAAAAAGACAAGUAAACCAAAGCCAGCCAAGUCUAAAAAGGCCGGCGGUGCGGGCGGCUUGCCUGGCAAGAAGGCUACUGCCGGCCCGGGCAGUGGUGCCGCUAAGAAGAGCGCCAGUAAGAAGGCCGCUCCGAAGAAGAAGUUAGGCCAGUUGGAAAGGGAUGUCAUCAUAGACUCGCUCGGCAGCCUGGACGGCCCUCUUCUUGAGCGAGCUAUUGAUCUGAUUAAGAAGGACACCGGCCAAGGCGAGAACGACGAAGGAGAGCUGGAGCUGGACAUAGACAUCAUCUCGGAGGAUGCCCUUUACAAGCUCUUUGAGAUCGCGCUCAAGGCGAACCCCAACGCGUUGGUUGAGAAGCAGCGACAGAUGGGCGUGCUGGCGGCCCCGGCAUCUGAGCAGCCGGCCAAGUCCAGGCAGCUGUCCAAGUCUAAGAAGAACAAGCCCAUGAGCAAGAGCGAGCAGGAGCGCCGCAUCCAACAGCUUAAUGAGCUCCGCGCUCAGGCGGGUCGUCAGGCUUCUGGCAGCCAGGAACCGAUGGAGUCGAUUGAGGGCAACGCCAGUGAGCUUGCUGCUCAGCCCGACCACGCCGACAGCGAAGAAGAGGCUGACUCGGAGGAGGAUUAAGUUGGGUGCAGGCUCCUGGCCGCAUCUCUGGUCCCGUCAAUGGAAUUGGCUCGACCGAUUCCCGCCCCUGAAACAAGAACAAUACAAAUCCCGUCAUCAUCGGGGAGGAGAGCACCACUUGGUGCUGUCUUGACGGACGUCAAUCACUUGACUUGCCGCAGUUACGAGCACCUUUCCCAAUGACACCAUCUCCUGGCCACUAACUAGUAGGCUGAGGCUUCUUCUGUCUGUUUUUUCUUUCUCGACGUGUAGGAAUAUUCACAGCGUGUGUACAGUAUUAAGUUGCCUCGGUCAAGGUGCCAAGACCGAGCUGGCAGAGACCUUUCUCGCAGAGGACCUCCAUUACCGGCCUUUCGGAGCAAGCAUCCAAAAAGGACGGUUGUGGGUUGAGGCGGACCACGACGAAGGGG